GAACCUCAGCUGAUCGGAAACAGAAAGUGAGACUGGGAGAGGUAUUAGGCAGAGAUCAGUAAGUAAUGGAUGAGGCCAUAGCCGAUACAAGAAGGUUGAUGUCUAAACCACAGAACUUGAACGACGCCUAUGGACCCCCCAGUAACUUUCUAGAGAUUGACGUGAGCAAUCCUCAGACUGUUGGGGUUGGCAGAGGGAGGUUCACCACUUACGAGAUCAGACUGAAGACAAAUCUUCCAAUUUUCAAAUUGAAGGAAACCCGUGUCCGAAGAAGAUACAGUGACUUUGAGUGGCUGAGAAAUGAAUUAGAACGGGAAAGCAAGGUUGUGGUGCCCCCUCUACCAGGGAAAGCUUUCUUCCGUCAGCUUCCUUUUCGAGGAGACGAUGGGAUCUUCGAUGACUCAUUUAUUGAAGAAAGGAGGCAGGGGCUGGAGCAGUUUCUAAACAAAGUGUCUGGACACCCCUUGGCACAAAAUGAACGCUGUCUUCAUAUGUUUUUGCAAGAUGAGUCAGUGGACAAAAGCUACACGCCUUGCAAAAUAAAACAGAUCUAAUACAGUAGGGAUGGACAGAGCACUAAUACGAUCUGUAUUUUUAUGACCCAAAGCCCAGAGAUUACGGCUGAUUUCGGAGUAGAGGACGCUGCCGACAAUUACUUGAUUAACUCAUCAGCAAGCUCAUUCUAAACAAAUUAUUAUUUUUUGUUUGUAUUAAUUGUCCAGUGUUCCUGUUUGAAUUUUUAAUAAGUAUGAACACUACAAACAUUAUGCAUAUCAGGCACUGAUAAUCUCUUACAUAAAAACCCCACUAAUUCUCAUGAUAUUGGUCACUAACCCUGAAACUGAUCUUUUAAAAUAUGAACGCCCUACAAAAAACAUGUUCGUCAAAGUGUACACAGCCUUAAUAAAAUGUUUUGUCAGA